AGGGGAGGGAGCUCGGGAGCUGACAGAAGAGAGGAAAUUCCCCUGGAACCUGUUUCUCUGCUUCCUGGCUCAGCUGGGGCACCCACUGGAGGGAGAGGCCAGGCCAAAGACCUGGGCCCGCCAUGGCCUUGGCCCUGAGGCCACGCCGGGUUCCCAAGCCCAAGAGCAGCCUGCCCUCACACUACCACGAGAGCUUCCUGGAGAAGAAGGGACCCCGAGACCGGGAUUACAAGAAGUUCUGGGCAGGCCUCCAGGGCCUGACUCUCUAUUUCUACAAUAGCAAUCGGGACUCCCAGUAUAUGGAGAAGCUAGACCUAGGAGUGUUUGUGAAGCUCACAGAUGAAGCUCCCUGGGGGAGCUCCCAUGACCCUGGCACCCACUUUUGCUUGGUCCUGCGGAACCAGGAGAUCAAGUUCAAGGUAGAGAGCCUGGAGUCUCGGGAGAUGUGGAAAGGCUUCAUCCUGACGGUGGUGGAGCUCCGUGUCCCGUCCAACCUGACCCUGCUGCCCGGACACCUGUACAUGAUGGCCGAGGCCCUGGCCAAAGAAGAGGCACGACGUGCGCUCGAGAUGCCCUCGUGCUUUCUGAAAGUGAGCCGGCUGGAGGCUCAGCUGCUCCUGGAGCGCCACCCCGAGUGCGGGAACCUGCUGCUCCGGCCCAGCGGGGACGGCGCGGGCGGAGUGUCGGUCAGCACGCUCCAGACGCUCAACGGGACGCAGGUGGUCCGGCACUACAAAGUGAAGCGCGAGGGCCCCAAGUACGUGAUCGACGUGGAGGAGCCGUUCUCCUGCACCUCGCUCGACGAAGUGGUCAACUAUUUCGUGUCGCACUCCAAUAAGAAGCUGAUGCCCUUCCUGCUGGACGAUGACUACGAGAAAGUGAUAGGCUACGUGGAGGCGGAUAAAGAGAAUGGCGAGUGUGUGUGGGUGGCGCCCUCGGCCCGCUCGGCCCCCUCGGCCCCCGGCCCAGGUCCUGAACCCCCUAGGGGUGGCCCUAAGCAGCUGCCUCCCUCGUCCAUCGCGCCCGUGUCCAGCCAGGACAAGCUGCCCCCACUACUGAACCAGGAUGAGAACUAUGUGAUCCCCAAUGGAGAUGCCCCAGCUGCCAACUACGUGAACGAGGACGUGCCUUCCCCUAGUCGACCAGUUGUCCCGAAGCCCAGGAAGUUGGCCAUGUUUCAGGCAGAGCCUCCAAAGCCACCCAUUGUGCCCAAGUCAGGUAGGGGUCCCUCUUCCCAGCCCCUUCCCCAUCCAGCCAAGAGCCAGCCUCAGCCUUCAUCUGCCUUCUCCACCAGAGCCCAAAAAAGGCCUCAACAGUGGCCUGGCCAGGAAGCUGGCAGUCAGCUCAGCGCAGGCUUUCUCCUCCCCGACCACAGGGUUGGCAGAUGUGACAGCAGAGCUGAAAGGGAAACUGCAGAGGAGACUGGCGCUGGAGCACGCAGCCGAGUGCACAGGGGACCAGCGGGCCAAUCUCCAAGUGUGGCGCAUCAGUCAGGCAGAUCCCUCCUCCCAGAAUUAAAGCUCAAGUGACCCCAGGACCUGCGUGUUUGGCUUGGCUGGGUGGGGCAGCGUGGGGUCCCUCAGAUGACUGCCCACAGUGGUCCUCAGCUCAGCAAAACCUGCCUCCUGACCCUCAAGAAGAGCCUUUUUUGGGGGCUGUGCCUCACAGCUCAUGGGAUCUGAGUUCCCCGACCAGGGAUCGAACCCGGGCCUCAGCAGUGACAGCUCCGAGUCCUGACCACUGGACUGCCAGAGAAUUCCCAAGAAAAGCCCACUUUACAGCCAAGAAAGCUGAGGUCCAGAGAGGGCCAGACACACCCAGUGCCACCCAGCCCCGAAAAUUAAAGCAGCAGCACCGCC